AUGAAACAAGGCGGUUUUAAUCUUCGAAAAUGGCACUCAAAUUCAGAAGAACUCACAGAAGAAAUCGCAGAAUUAGAGAAACAGCAACAAUAUAAAGAAACAGAUAAAGAAGUUGUUUUAGAAGAAGAUGAAUCAUUUGCGAAGACAACGAUAAGUGAGCCAUUUGCACAGAGAAACACACAACAAAAGAUUUUAGGCCUAAACUGGGACAGUAAGGAAGACAACCUCAUUUUCGACUUUUCACAGCUUGUCGCAGUCUCAAAAAAUGUAUCUGUAACAAAAAGAAGCGUACUUAGCCUAAUUGCCAAGAUAUUUGAUCCAUUGGGGCUCAUAUCUCCUAUCACUUCCAUGUUAAAGGUUUUCAUACAAAAGCUAUUCAGGCUAAAACUAAGUUGGGACGAAAUUCUCCCAGAAAUUCUAUUCAACGAAUGGACAGCUAUGAUGUCAGAGCUCACUCAAGUUCACCUGAUAGCAGUACCACGAUAUUACUUCGGAAUUAUUCAAAGCAAGGCGACGAAAAUAGAGCUCUUUGGGUUUUGUGAUGCUUCAUCAAUCGCUUUUGCAGCACUUGUAUAUGCCAAAAUCACAUCUUAUGGACAGUCGUCUAUACAAUUGGUUUGUUCAAAGACGCGUGUUGCUCCCCUUGCUAAACAUUCAAUACCACGCCUCGAGCUUCUUUCUUGUUUGAUAUUAGCAAGGUUAAUCAGCACUGUACAAAAUUCAUUCAGUCCACUUUUCAACGUCGAUAUCAUGCAAUGUUGGACAGACUCUCUCGCGGCGAAAUACUGGAUAAAGGGUGUGAGCAAAUAUUGGAAACUAUUUGUAGAAAAUCGCGUUCAAGAGAUUCGAAAGUUGGUCGACCCUCAGCUGUGGUCACAUUGUCCAGGCAGCCAGAAUCCAGCUGACAUUCCGGCGCGUGAAAUGGAUGUGGAGCAGUUCAAGCAAAACACGAUUUGGUGGAAUGGACCAAAAUGGCUUUUAGGUACGGAAAGAGAAUGGCCUAAUUCUUCAAUAUCGGACACGCUACCACAGGAGUGUUUGGAUGAAAUGAAACAUCCGCAAAGGACCGAAAAAACAGCAGUUCUCAAGACUACGGUCAAAGCACCAAGUAUUCGAAACUUCAUUGACUACGAUCGUUUCAGUGACUACCAAAAACUUCUCAGAGUUACUGCAUACGUAUUACGAUUUAUACAGAAUUGCCGAAAUAAAGUUCGCGGAAAUCAAGAAGAGCUUUCAGUAGAGGAAAUCAAUGAUGCAGAAAUCAUAAUCAUACGUGAAGCUCAAGGCUCUUUCGACGAAGCCCAUCUCAAGAAAAUCGAGAACACUCUUGGCACAUUUGUAGACAGUAACAUGCUUAUUCGUUGUGAAGGUCGUUUAAAAAACUCAAGCUUACCCUUCGAUAGCAGACAUCCUAUUUUGGUGCCGAGACAUCACAAGAUAACUAGUCUGCUCAUUCUUAGUUGCCACGACAAGGUUAUGCAUAAUGGCACAAAGGAAACUCUCGCCGAACUACGCUCACGUUUCUGGAUAAUCAAAGGUUGA